UUGUAUUGUAUUUCUUUCAGUCAGCAUUCGUAAAUUAUUUUAUAAAUUUUCAGGAUUACACCAAGAUUUGAGAACAUUUUUGUAGUUUAAAAUCGUUAAAAUCAUGUAUGUUCUGGAUAAUCUUUAGUUAAAAGAUAGCAGAUAAUUUAAUCCCAGCAUAAUGGGGAUUAUGUACGAGAAGAGGCCUCUCAAGAGGUCGCGUCUAGGGCCCCCGGACGUGUACCCUCAGGAGCCUCAACAAAAGGAGGACGAACUCACGUCAACAAACGUGAAACAAGGUUUCUCAACCACACCUCUGUUACCUUCAAGCAAUGAUGAGUUUGGAACAGCAAGAAAUUUCAAUUAUUCAGCAGCCAAGAUUGGGCAGUUUUUUUCAUCAAUACUAUCAAAAAAAGAAGAAUUGAACACAUUACCUGAUUGUGGCCGCAAAAGACAACAGGUGAACCCUAAAGACAACUUCUGGCCUGCUACACUUCGCACUAAGCCACAAAUUGAAGCUUGGUUCAAGGACUUAGCAGGUAACAAACCACUAUCUCAGCUAGCAAAGAAGGCUCCAAAUUUCAACAAAAAGGAAGAGAUUUUCAUAACACUCACUGAGUUCCAAGUAUCUAUGCCACGGGCAGCAUGGUUCAUAAAGCUCAGUUCUGCUUACACAGUGGCUGUGUCUGAAGCAAAGAUCAAAAAGAGACAACUACCAGACCCAACAACAGAAUGGACAACCACUUUGAUAAAAUUUCUAAAGGACCAAAUACCAAAACUUACAGAAUACUACCAGAGUUCAAACACAGGAAAUCUUUCAGACAAAACUCCUCCUUCACAGUCAGGACAAGGCACCCCAGGCCACAAUUCGUCUGGUAACCCCCCAGGGAGUUCCACUCCAAACUCGACAGUACCAAACUCAAUGCAUUCCCCAGGUAACUCUAAUGGUUUAGGUAUAGGGUCAUCCACGCCCGGUUCUGGCGAGGGCCCUGACUGGCGGCAGGCGCUCAAACUAUGGAACUACUGCUGCCGCCUCGCCAAAUACCUACUGGACGAAGGUCUCCUGGACCGACACGACUUCCUGACGUGGAUCAUUGAGUUACUGGACAAAAGGGCUCCGGAUGACGGCAUUUUAAGGUUAUUCCUGCCGCUAGCGCUUCAGCACAUGAGUGAGUUUGUGGGCUGCGAAGGCCUGUCGCGGCGGCUAGCGGCUACCUGCGCCAAGAAAGCGGCCGCCAUCUGCUCAGUUCUCUCUGAGAGCACUCUCAGAACUCUAAACCAGCCUGCUUUGUUCACUAAGGCACCUGAAAGGACCAAUGAAAGUACAAUUCCCAUGUCACCAGCACCAGAGACGAAUGGCGAUGUAAAACCAAACAUAUCACAGAUCAAGCGAUCUGCCACGCCCGCCGACCAAAACCAGGGCACGCCUAAUCCAAACCACUCAAUGGGGACUCCUAACCCCAACCAUUCUUUGGGGACACCUAACCCUUUGGGGACUCCCAACCCAAUGGGCACCCCAAACCCUAGCCAGCCAAUGGACGUCCAAGUAAAAGAAGAACAGGAGUCUCCGCCAAGGGACCAGAAGACAACCUUGACGACCGUUAUAACGGCUUCUCUGAACCCUGUGCAAGUGGGUUUUGGGGAGAUACUGAACUGUUUGUACCACAGAGACGUCAUUAUACAACUGGGUACAAUCUUGCAGAUAAUCAGCAUAGAGUGUCCCACGGCGAUGGUCUGGUCCGGGUGCUGCUCCUCUUUACAAGGCUCGCCGCUGGAUCUACUGCCGCUGCCGCCUUCAGCGCUGCCGAUGCCACAGAUGGAUUCCAUCAUCACGGAGGAACACAGGCGAAUGGUAUACGAAGCUGAGCAAGAAAUUGCUGCUAGAAGUAAGAAAGCUGAAAGCAAAUGGUGUACAGACAAGUGGCAGACGAGUUCACAAGCUCGAGUCCUGGCAGUGUUAGAAGCGCUCGACAGACACUGCUUCGACCGCGUGGACCCGAAUAAUAAUUUGGACACCCUGUAUAAAGAAGUGUUCGCCAACUGCACGCCGCCUACCAAAGACUCCAACAUUGACACCAAAGAUCCAGAAUGGGCGUGCUCAUACGCAGUAGUGAAGGUCCUUUGCGAAUGGGCAGUCUGCGGCGCACGCUGGGGUGAGCACCGCGCGCAGGCCGCCGCCGCGCUGCUGGACAAGAGACAACACCAGCUGCUGCAGCAGCACGACCACCACGCCACUGGUUCCGACGAUAAAGAGUCCAUAAGCUCUGCCACGGCACUAUACAAUGGACCACCCAUCUUCCAAAACCUUCUGUUGCGAUUCCUCGACAACGAUGCACCAGUAUUAGAUGAGAGCCCUAACGCUCCUCCAGGCAACAGACAACAGUUCGCUAAUCUAGUUCAUCUGUUUGGCGAACUAAUUCGGAGGGACGUGUUCUCGCAUGACGCUUACAUGUGCACGCUUAUUUCCAGAGGUGACCUCAUAUCGCCUACGGAACCAACUUCCACGGGCGGUUCCGGGAGCGGACACACAGUGGCUCCGCCCGCCAAUAGUACGGGCACCAAUCACAACAUGGACGACGAUAUAUUCGCGGGCAUCGACCUCAAACCGCCUAAAAUGGAGGAAAAUGUCCGCAUGGAUCUAGACGACUCCAAAAUAGACGAUGAUUUAGAUAAGCUUUUACAACAUAUCAAAGUGGACCAACAAAACUCAAUGGACGCUCCAGACAGCCCUAAAGACCCUGGAGAGCCUUCUCAUAGUGUUAACUCGCCAAUGAUGGGACCAAGCGGAAUGAGUAUACCCGGGAUGCAGUCCAUGGGAAUGGGUCCAAUGUCUGUUCCAGGCAUGCGUACAACAAGCGCAGGUCCGUCCAGCGCGUGCGCAGCGCCUGCCAGCGUGUCUCGGCACUACCACUACACGAUGCACUUCCCACUGCCACCGGCUGAGCCCGACCAUACGCCUCAUGACGCGAAUCAGCGUCACAUAUUGUUAUAUGGAGUAGGUCGUCAGCGGGAUGACGCGAAACACGCUGUCAAGAAGAUGACCAAAGAAAUAUGCAAAUUAUUCUCCAAAAAGUUUUCAAUUGACGUCGCUGAAGGUGGCAAAAUCAAGAAACACUCACGCAGCGAAUUCAACUUCGAAGCAGUGACGCAAAAGUUCCAGGCGAUGUCUAUGUACGAGCAAGGCGCGGUGUCGUGGGCGGUCGGCGGCGCGGUCAUCGAGGCUUUGGCGGCGUUCGCGGCCGGCGCCACCACCUACCUGCCGCAGGCCGAGCACGUGGCCUUCGCGCUCGACCUCAUGGAGAUCGCGCUCAACGUCCACGGGCUCAUAGAGACUUGUAUACAGCAAGGCGCGGCCGGCGCUGCCACCUACCUGCCGCAGGCCGAGCACGUGGCCUUCGCGCUCGACCUCAUGGAGAUCGCGCUCAACGUCCACGGGCUCAUAGAGACUUGUAUACAGGUGUGUUGUUCCCCAAGAGACUUGUAUACAGGUGUGUUGUUCCCCGAGGCGAUGUCUGUGUGCGAGCAAGGCGCGGCGGCGUUCGCGGCCGGCGCCACCACCUACCUGCCGCAGGCCGAGCACGUGGCCUUCGCGCUCGACCUCAUGGAGAUCGCGCUCAACGUCCACGGGCUCAUAGAGACUUGUAUACAGAUACUAAAGGAGCUGUCAGAAGUAGAGGGCGCGCUCAGCACACGCGGUGGACCGCCGACGGGGCUGGCGGCGCCGCGCACUUAUACGUCGGCGCUCGCUCUCUAUACCGUCGGCGCUCUGAGGCGCUACCACUCGUGUUUGCUGCUGUGCGUGGAGCAAACCUCAGCGGUAUUCGAGCAGCUCUGUCGUCUAGUGAAGUGCGUGGUGAACCCAGGCGACUGCGGCUCGGCCGAGCGCUGUGUGUUAGCUCAGUUACACGACCUGUACAAAGCGGCGCAGCAUCUAUGCCACGCGCCGCACGCGGAUACCUUCGCCAAUGCCUACCCGAAGAUCAAACAAGCGCUAUAUUCUCCUCUGCAGCCUACUCCGUCCAACUAUCCGUACAAUCCACAGUUUCUUAGUGAAUUUUUCACGAAUCCUCGUAAAGGUAAAAUUGAGAUAGCGUGGGCAAGACAAGUAGCAGAAUCACCAGCAAAUAGAUACAGCUUUGUGUGCUCUGCCAUGCUCGCUGUAUGUCGUGAAGUUGACAACGAUAGAGUGAACGAGCUCGGCGUACUAUGCGCGGAAAUGACGGCCUGGUGUAGUGGCCUAGCCGCCGAGUGGCUAGGUGCCUUAGUGGCUCUAUGUGGGGCGCAACACUAUCCCCAGUCGGCUCCUCAUGCAGCCCCGCCGCCACUGUAUCCAGACCUGUUGCACCAUAGGGACUUGCAUGAUGCGGCGGCUCAUGAUGCAUUGGCUGUGUUUACGUGUAUAUUAGUGGCUCGCCACUGCUUCUCGCUGGAAGACUUCGUGCGGCACGCGGCUUUGCCCUCCCUCGUCAAAGCGUGCGGCGGCGCGGGUGUAAGCGGCAACCCGGCCAACGCGCCGUCACCCGAUACGGGUGCCAGGCUUACUUGCCACCUCUUGCUGAGGCUCUUCAAGACUGUAGACACACCGCAACCAGGUUUAUACUCCGUCUCAACGUCGCCGGGUCCCGGCGGCGCGGCCGCGGGCGUGCGAUUGUCCUGCGAUCGUCACUUACUCGCCGCCGCGCACAAAAACAUUGGAGUGGGACCAGUUCUAGCCACGCUCAAGGCCAUUCUCAUGGUUGGCGACUCAGCCAGAGACGGCGGCAAACCUGGGGGCAAAAAAUCCUGCGAACUGUCCCAUAUACUGGGGACUAGCGACACUGUCCCUACCGAUGCACAGCUCGAUCUCAUGUCGAUGGUAGAGUCAGAGAUAAGUGGGGGCCAUAGAACUCCUAGAGGCAGUGGUGGUGUCGGAUCGACGUUGUUAGAUUCUUCGCAGUCGCUGUCGUCACUGGCGCGACGCGUUCUAGCGGAGAUCUGUUCCGAGGAAUGGGUGCUGCAGAAGUGUCUGCAAAACCCUGAUGAGCUCUACCAGCCUGACAUGCUUUUAGAUUCGAUGCUGACGCCACGGCAGGCGCAGAGGUUGCUACACAUGAUUUGCUAUCCAGAUUCAGCGAGUCAUACACAUCCAGAUUUGGACCAAAAGACGAUGAUAACUCGUUUGUUAGAGAACUUAGAGCAGUGGUCACUUCGUAUGUCGUGGCUGGAUCUGCAGCUGAUGUUCAAGCAGUUUCCGAAUGGGUCGUCUGAGCUGAGCGCGUGGCUCGAUACGGUCGCACGCGCUGUCAUCAAUGUCUUCCAACAACCGGCGACCGGCACAGACCGCAGCGUGGUCAGUACCAGCAAGUGGUCAGAGUCGGUGUGGCUUGUAGCACCGCUGGUUGCCAAGCUGCCUCCCGCUGUGCAAGGCCGCGUGCUGAAACAAGCUGGCCAGAUAUUGGAAAGCGGAUGGGGUGCCGGCUGUAGCGGUAACUGCUCUAGUGGAAGCGGCAGCAGCGGUGGCUCCCACCGCGACUGCAAGAGCCAUCAGAGUCCCAGCUAUAAAGGGUCGUCAAGCGGCGGCGGUGGUGGUAAACGCGGCGUGGGCGGCGGCGCCUGCGCAACUGCCUGCGGCUGCGGCGGCGGCGGGCAAGUGCGUCUUGCCAACGAACCGCUGCUAUCUCUCGUACUGACUUGCUUACGUCACCAGGACGACCAGAAGCAAGAGAGCCUACUGAGCUCCAUCCACGCGCAACUACAACACUACCUGACGCACGCGCGCGACCACGAGCGCUCGGCGUGCAGCGACACGUGGCAGGACGAGGCGGCGCCCGAGGCGCUUCAACUGCGCUUCUCGCUGGCGGGCGGCAUGUUCGACACCAUCCGCAGUACUGGCCCUCAAGAGAGCCCACUGAGCUCCAUCCACGCGCAGCUACAACACUACCUGACGCACGCGCGCGACCACGAGCGCUCGGCGUGCAGCGACACGUGGCAGGACGAGGCGGCGCCCGAGGCGCUUCAACUGCGCUUCUCGCUGGCGGGCGGCAUGUUCGACACCAUCCGCAGGUCCUAUCAGCUGAUCUCCGACUGGGCAGUGUUGCUGACGCAGCUAGUGGCGCACCAAGUGGUCGACGCGUACAACAAUAGUCUGUGUCGCAGCAACCUGUUCACGACAUUGAUCGACAUGCUCGCCACGCUCAUCCAUUCGACGCUCGCGGACGGAGGUGACGACAACAAUAGGAAGCACUACCAGAAUCUGAUGAAGAAGCUGAAGAAGGAGUUGGGAGACCGCCACGGGCCGUCCGUGCAGGCUGUCAGGCAGUUAUUACCGCUGUCGAAGAACACCAUUAUAGAGGUCAUCGCCUGCGAGCCACUGGGAUGUCUCGUGGAUCAAAAGGGGAACAAGAUUACUGGAUUUGACAGCGACAAGAAACAGGGUCUUCGGCUGACGGACAAGCAGCGGGUGUCGUCGUGGGAGCUGAUGGAAGGUGGCAGGAACCCCGCCCCCCUGUCGUGGGCGUGGUUCGCCGCCACCAAGAUCGAGAGGAAACCGCUCACUUACGAAAAUGCCCAUCGGUUACUGAAAUAUCACACGCACAGCCUGGUGAAGCCUCUAAGUUAUUAUCUGGAACCACUGCCACUGCCGCCAGAAGACCUCGAAACGAAUGACAGCAAGCAAGUAAGCGACAAUGGAAGCCUAGACUCAAGUCCUACUGGAUCUGGGAAAGGCAGGUCACGAUCAGCACCUUGCAAGAAAAUCAAGAAGCAAAAGGUUACAACACCGACCAACGGCAGCAGCGGGCCGGGCAGCAACGGCAGCGCCAACGGCAUGGCGGCGGCGCCCGCGCAGCAGCCGCAGUUCAUGCAGCAGCAGCAGCAGUGGUUCCCGCCGCCCGGACAGAACUACUACAACCCGCCGGCUGGCGUGAGUCCCCGCGGAGUGGCCCCGCCAUCCAACACGCAGUCCAAGCAGGCGCUCAGCAAUAUGCUGCGCCAGCGGCUGCCCUUCAACCAGAUGUCGCAGAUGCAGGUAAAUCAAGGGACCGGGUAUCCAGGAGCCCCCCCUCAUGCAAGAGCGCCUUUCCCGCGCCAAGGCAUGAGGCAGAUGCAGCCUAACCAAAUGGGGCAGAUGCAACCGACUCAAAUGAAUCCUAUGGGAGGAAUGAGCCAAAUGGGACCAAUGGGCCAAAUGGGCGGAGUCCAUAUGCCGGGGCAAAUGGGAGCCGGACAGAUGGGCGCGGGACAAAUGGGGGCGGGCCAGAUGGGCGCGGGGCAAAUGAACCAGGGCCAGAUGGGAGGCAUGGGUGGACAGAUGUUCGGAGGACAGUAUGGUGGGAUGCAGCAAGGAUACGGAGGCUAUGGGCAGCAGAUGAUGCAAGGAGGGCAGCAACAGAUGAUGAAUCAGGGAAUGGGACAGGGUGUAAACCAGAUGGGUCAACAAGUGAACCCUAUGGGCCAACAAGUCAACACAAUAGGCCAAAAUGUAGGCCAGAUGAGUCAAGGCGUGGGCCAGUCGGGGCAAAUGCCUCAGGGCAUGGGUCAAAUGGCCCAAGGAAUGGGGCAGAUGGGGCAACCCAUGGGCCAGAUGGGGCAAAUGGCCCAAAGCGGAGCCAUGGGUGGCAUGAACAACCAAGGUGGCAAUAUGGGCCCACAAGGGGGUAACGCGAUGGGCGGAUUCCCUGGACAACAAUCAUUCCAACAGAAUAUGAUGGGAGGUCGCGCAAGCCAAGAGGCAUACCUUGCUCAACAGAGGCAAAAUGCUCGUCCACAAUAUAUGCAGGCGCCAAACGUAACUAUGGGUGGAAUGGGCGGUCCCGCGCCACCUUACCCGCGCACGAUGCAGCCGCAGCAGAGCGCUCAGUACCAGCAGCAGAUGACGCAGCAGCGCAUGCGACAGCAGAUGCUGGCUAUGCAGCAGCAGCAACAGCAGGGCCCGCUAGUUCAGCAUCUACAGCGACAGCCUUACCAGCCACCGUACUAAUAAAUUGACUACACUCGCGAGCAAAAGUAUAUCGCCCUGUUUGUUAAGAACGACCGUAAGAACUAAAUGACUAAGCCCGGUCCGUGAGCACGUAGAAUUUUGUCCAAUGACCCCUAGCUACCCAUCCUUAUCGCUCGCGCGUAAUUAUAUUGCUGUCGCAACUGUGCGACUGGCACCCGCACGAGCGAUAAGGAUGGGUAGCUUGGGGUCAUUGGACAAAAUUCUACGUGCUCACGGACCAGACUAUAAUAGAAGAUAAAUAAAAAUGGUACCAUUUUAAAGGUAUAUUUGAUACCAUAGAUACAUUCAUAGGCAUUCAGUUCUUAAGAUGGCUCGGAACAAAACACAAGGGGGUGAUUCCAUACUUUUGCUCGUAAGUAUAGAAUCAACCCUGACGCUUCUAUGUGGAUGUGAUGGAGAAUCAUAGCCACGCAGCAGCUGCAAAGCUAGUAGAUUCUGUUUACUUGCAGCGUUAACUCUCCAGCCGUCCCAAUAAACUGUCAUAUCAACUGAAAAUUCUCGCUUAUUCAAAGCAACUACGUUAUGGAUUGUAAGCGUUACAAAAACUAUGGUAUUGGUAGAAAAGUAGAAUAUCCUAUAUUCAUAUUUUGUCAGAAAUAUAAAUUAUGUUCUGUAGUACAUGUAAAGGCCCAUUAGAUUAGAUGCACCGAACUCAUUCCAAGUAAGUUUCGCGCGUCUCGAGAAUUUUGAAAUGGUACUGCCGCUCUUGCAGUCGACAAUUCAUAUAAAGAAAUAGUUUUAUACGCAAGUGCCUCCGCAUGCUUUGGUGGUUUCCCCAAACGAAAUAUCCAAGAGAAUAUUUUAUCUAGAAAAAAAAAGAAUUCUAGCUAAGCUACCCGUAUGAGGCGUCUUUAUAAACUGACUGACAGAUCACUACCGGUGGUGUCUUUGUAAAAUUAAGAUCUAUGCCUAUACCACUGUAAGGCCUUCAGUAUAUAGUAAUAAGAAUAAUUUAAUAAUUAUUUUGAAUUAAAUGUAAAUUAUAUCGAAUAUUAUAAUUAGGUACAAUUUAUAUGCAUAGUAGGAUUAAGAAUUAAUCUGUAUCUUUAGAGUUUAAGUGAGACAACAUUAUCACCGGCUCCUGAGGUCGGCGACAAUAAUUAGCAGCUUGAAUGAUGAACCAAUCACAGCAAUGAACAAUGCUGAUAACUCUUGUCAGAGCACAGAAACUGGCGAUCUGUCUGGUACAAACUUAAAGUGUACUUUCAAAUUAUAUUUUUCUAGGUCCCUUUAUUAUUUUUAUAUUAUGUCCUUUUGUAUUUGAGCUAAUUAUGAUACGUUUGUUUAAAAUUUAUUUCGGAACACUGAGUUUGAUAAUUAUUUAUGUAGUACUCGUAUUUUGUACUCGAUAAUCUCCCAAAUAAUGUAAAUAAUGUUACAUAAUAUUAUACAAUGACUUAGAUGAAUGAAA